GUUUACUAGUUCGUAGAGAUUAAAUAUCUACAUUCCCAUCAUUGAGGUGCGCGAAAUAGGCUAAGUCAAAGGGUCCAAUCUCCUUAGUACAAGUCAUGUGUGUUGGCAGCACAAGUGCGGGGAGAAUUCCGGGGAAGGCGGCAUGGCGGCUGGUGUUCCGCAACUCCGCAUGUGGCCGUCCUUAUCCAUUCCUCAUAUAACCUGCCCUUCUCCGCUUCCUUCAUGUUCCUCUAAUACCUUCAUUCUUCAGUUUUGUAUCUUGGGGGUGAUUGUCAGCUCUGGACCCCAACGGCCCUCGCGCAAUUUGAUCGCCAUUGUAACUAAUUGAAACUGUAUACAUAUAUACAUCUACUCGAGGUCCAUCAUGCCGUCACAAGUGGCGACAUGUCUGCGCCUUGCGCGGCAGUUCUCCGCUGAUCCUAGCAAGCACCAACGAUUUCUCGCACGUGCUUUCUCCAGCAGUAUUCGACGACCCGAAAUCAACAAGGUUGUCUCCUCCGCAGACCUCGCAAUCAAAGACAUGAAGUCCAACUCGACACUAUUGGCUGGUGGCUUCGGUCUCUCCGGUGUUCCAGACACCCUGAUCAGCGCGGUGCGCGCCAAUCCCUCCAUCACGGGAUUGACAGUUGUCAGUAACAACGCCGGUGUGGACGGAGCGGGUCUCGGUCUCCUUCUCCAGUCCAAGCAGAUCAAGAAGAUGAUUGCUAGUUAUGUGGGCGAGAACAAGACUUUCGAGCGCAUGUACCUGACUGGAGAGAUUGAGCUCGAGUUGACCCCCCAGGGUACCUUGGCGGAACGUUGUCGUGCCGGUGGUGCGGGCAUCCCGGCUUUCUAUACCCCUGCGGCCUGUGGUACCGUUGUGCAGACGGGCGAGUUGCCUCUGAAGCAUAACUCUGAUGGGACUGUUGCGCUCUACAGUGAGCCCAGGGAUGUUAAGGUCUUUGAUAAGAAGAGCUACGUCAUGGAGGAAGCGAUCAAGGGUGACUAUGCGUUUGUGAAGGCCUGGAAGGCCGAUAAGUUGGGCAACUGCCAGUUCCGCUAUGCUGCGGCUAACUUCAAUGGUGCCAUGGGCCGCAAUGCGAAGAUGACGAUCGUCGAGGCGGAGCACAUUGUUGAGCCGGGCGAGAUUGAGCCCGCUGCUAUUCAUCUGCCGGGUAUCUAUGUCAAGAGGGUGAUUCAGAGCACAGCCCCCAAGAACAUUGAGAAGUAUACUUUCGCCAAGGAAGAGGGCGAGGAGGCAGCUGCCCUAGGUAAGGGUGAUACUGCUGCUAAGCGCGAGCGUAUCGUUCGUCGUGCGGCGAAGGAGUUCAAGAACGGGAUGUAUGCGAACUUGGGCAUUGGCAUGCCCAUGCUGGCACCUAACUUUGUCGAUCCCUCUGUGGAAGUCAUGCUGCAGUCUGAGAACGGCAUCCUGGGUCUGGGUCCUUACCCUCAGAAGGGACAGGAGGACGCCGAUCUCAUCAAUGCUGGCAAGGAGACAGUCACGCUGCUGCCUGGAGCUGCUUGCUUCGGUAGUGAUGAAUCCUUCGGUAUGAUCCGUUCGGGACGGAUCGAUCUGACUAUUUUGGGCGCGAUGCAAGUCAGUGCCCGGGGUGACUUGGCAAACUGGAUGCUGCCUGGCAAGAUCAAGGGCUUCGGUGGAGCUAUGGACCUCGUAUCGAACCCCUCCGCCACCAAGGUGGUGGUGACCAUGGAGCACACGGAUAAGAAGGGCGGCCCUAAGAUCGUGAAGCAGUGCGAAUUCCCCUUGACCGGAAAGACUUGCGUCAGCCGGAUCAUCACUGAGCUCUGCGUGUUCGACGUCGACUUCACAAAUGGACUGACACUGGUUGAGCUGGCCGAUGGAGUCACCGUGGAUGAGGUGCGGAGCAAGACGGAGGCACCCUUCAAGGUGGCUGAUGAUGUCAAGCCGAUGCUGUAGAUCAGAUUGACAUGAUAUUCACUGCAGUUCUGUAUAGCCCGGCGUUGUCAUUUCGACAACUGACCUGAUUUCCCAAACACCAUAUAUGCCACGCCAUAACCGAAAAUAAUGCCAUUGAACAGAUACCAAUUUCUUCACCCAAAGUUACACUAUAUAUACAAGGUCGUAAAGUACAAGCCAAGAACCUGAACCAUAUUUUUGUAAUCCAAAGCUUCUCCCAUGCCAUCCCAUAGUACUAAUACAACACCAUAAGUAAGGUGGCCACCAUCACUCUCCCUUCCUCUCCCCCAAGCGCCCUCUGAAUUCCAUAUACAGCCUA